CACUUUUGCUCUCUGGUUUAGUUCGUCGUGGAAAGUCGAAGGAAGUGGACGUACAUCAUGAGUGAAGUUUAUAAACUUGGUGAUUUAGUUUGGGCUAAAAUGAAGGGAUUCAGCCCUUGGCCAGGCCGGGUAGCCAUCCCAACACCGGAGCUGAAGCUACCAAAAAAGACGACCAAUGUUCAAUGCAUUUAUUUCUUUGGGACUAAUAAUUACGCUUGGAUAGAAGAGCACAACAUAAAGCCGUACCACGAGCACAAAGAGCAGCUCAUCAAGUCCAGCAAGACUGCAGCCUUCAAGGAGGCUGUUAACCAAAUCGAGGAGUUUAUUGUCAACCCUGAGAAAUUCGGUGACAUUGAUGAACACGCCAGAAACCCAGAGGAAGAGUUUGAUAAGCUCAAAGAUGAGAUGAACGAAGACAGUUCUCAAGAGAAGUCUGAAGUAGAACAAUCACCUGAAGUCAAGAAAAAGAGCUCUACGCCAAAGAUACGUUUGGGCAUUUCAAAGGUGAAAUCGGCCAAACGGUCGUCAUCAGCCAGCCUGAAAGGUGUGGCGCGUAAGAAGGUGCGCCGAGUGGCACGCUCCUUCACCGACACAGACCUCGCCAACGAGAAGCCCUCUAUGCUGAACCAUUCAUUCAGCAAGAAAUCCAGCCUGCUGCAUCGACCCUCCAAUAUACUAAGACCUGAUACACCACCUUUAGACCUGGAGAACGUAUCAGAGACGCUGCUGGAGAAGAACAUCAAGGCCAGCCAGAUGAAGUUCGGUUUCCUGGGGCUGGGCAUCAUGGGCAGUGGCAUUGUCAAGAACCUGCUCAAUUCUGGGCAUAAGGUGCUCGUGUGGAACAGAACUGGGGCCAAGUGCAAAGACUUUGAGAAGGUGGGGGCGACGAUAGCAGUGACGCCGUGCGAUGUGGUGGAGGAGGCAGACAUCACGUUUUCUUGUGUCGCCGACCCUCAGGCCGCUAAAGAGAUGGUGUUCGGGAACUGCGGCGUGCUGCAUUGCCCCUCGCUGGAGGGCAAAGGUUACGUGGAGAUGACCUCCAUUGACGCCGACACCUCGCACGACAUCGUGGAGGCUGUCAGCGGCAAGGGCGGACGAUAUCUGGAGGCUCAGAUCCAGGGUUCGAAGACGCAGGCGGAGGAGGGCACGCUGAUCCUGCUGGCGGCGGGGGACCGCUCGCUGUUCGACGACUGCCAGUCCUGCUUCAAGGCCAUGAGCAAGAACUCCUUUUACCUUGGUAGUGACAUCGGCAACGCGUCGAAGAUGAACGCGGUGCUGCAGGUGGUGGGCGGCGUGUCGCUGGCCGCGCUGGCGGAGGGGCUGGCGCUGGCUGACCGCGCCGGCCUCAGCCAGGCCGACCUCCUCGACGUGCUCGCCCUCACCCCGCUCGCCUCCCCGCAUCUCAUACUCAAGGGACGCGCGAUGAUAGAAUCAUCAUAUUCGACGCACCAGCCGCUGACGCACAUGCAGAAGGACCUGAAGCUGGCGCUGGGUCUGGGCGACGCGCUGGAGCAGUCCUUGCCGCUCACAGCCACCACCAACGAGAUCUUCAAGCACGCCAAGCGCCUCGGCUACGCCAACCACGACGUCGCCGCCGUCUACAUCCGCGCCCGCUUCUGAUGCACCACCUCUCAGCAUAUACCACCAUCCCUCACCAUCUCUCACCACUUCUCAUAAUCAUCGUGUCUCACCGCACGCCAGAAAUAAUGUAAGGGUACAGUGAUGAUCCGCGACUAUAUUCUAAUGUUUCUGACGUUGAUGGAACUAAAAGAGCAGUCUUAGUAGACUUGUUGUUGGUUUCUGAGAUCAAAAUCUAUGUAUAAAACAUAUCAUCAUCCCUCUCAUUAUCUUUGAUAAAUCAGAGAUAGUCAUUGUAGUUUUAAACAGGGAUUUUGGUCUCAGGAAGCAACGAUUAGAUAGGGAAGGUUUCGAGAAAUCUUGAGAAUGUUUUAAGGAAAAAUUUAUAAAUAAGCUUCACUAUUAUUGUCAAUGGAAUUUUAAGCUAUGAUCCUAAAAUCUUUUCUUCGUUAAAUCCCCUCCAAAAUAUGAUGUAUCCCUCUAAAUACUGAAUUUAUCACAACUGUAAACUAUUUCAUAAUAAAAAUAAUUGUGUGUAUUCAAUUUUAAUCAUAGAAUUUGUGCUAAAAUUAGAAAUAAAUAUAUAUUUAUAU